GUACAUAUUAUUAAUGUUCUGUGUUGCUCCGAACGUAUUCUUGCUGAAACUUGAUGCUAACAGACAAGCUAAUAUUAACGUCAUAUUACUUCGCUUUUUUUAAUUUCGCGUCCGAGAAGACGGGCAGCUGGAAGUUUUUCUCAAGCUUCAACUUUGGCGCAGCAGUUAAUUCUGGAAAGAUGCUGAGGUUUUUUCUCAAGAGACUGGAGUUAAUAGUAACACGAGACAUGAAUGCAGCAGUCAGCCACAGGUCGGAUCAGCCGAUGCCGGGAACUCUGUCCCCGAGGGACUGCAAGUCUGUGGAGUCCAAAGCCCCUCCGGCGGCCGUCAGUCGUCAGGUGAGCACACCAGGUGGAGCUGGUCUGGACUACCCACGCUGCCCGUGCUGGAGCUUCCGUCCCCCAAGUCCCGAGCCACCAUGCAGGAUGGCCGUAGAGCUUGAUGUGUUCGUUGGUAACACCACCAUCAUGGAUGAGGAGGUUUACCAGCUGUGGCUGGAUGGAUACACAGUGAAUGAUGCUGUGAAGGUGCGCAUGGCUGGAGGCGUGCUGGACGAGUGUGAAGCAAACCAGGAUGUUCUCCUGAGCGACACCAUGGACCAGUACAGGACUUUCCAGAUGUGUGAGCGUCUGCUGCAGAGUCCGGCCAAACUCGCAAACCAGCUGCUCUUCCAGAUCCCGCCUCACCGGCAAACCAUGCUCAUAGAGAGGUAUUAUGCCUUUGAUGAUGUGUUUGUACGUGAGGUCUUAGGAAAAAAACUUUCCAAAGGAACAAAGAAAGACUUGGACGAUAUCAGCGCCAAGACAGGUGUGACUCUGAAAAGCUGCAGACGACAGUUUGACAACUUCAAACGUGUUUUCAAAGUUGUGGAAGAGCUGAAGGGACCCCUGGUGGAGAACAUACGUCAGCAUUUCCUUCUCUCUGACAAACUGGCAAGGGAUUACGCUGCCAUUGUUUUCUUUGCCAACAACCGCUUUGAGACGGGGAAGAAAAAGCUGCAGUAUCUCACCUUCCAGGACUUUGCUUUCUGCGCCGGGCAGCUUAUCAACAACUGGACAGUUGGGGCUGUUGACAACAUGGUGGAAGACAUGGACGUCGACCUGGACAAGGAGUUUUUACAGGAGCUGAAAGAGCUGAAGAUUUUAAUCACCGACAAAGAUCUGCUGGAUCAACACAAAAGUUUGGUCUGCACGGCUCUCAGAGGAAAAACGAAAGCUUUUGCAGAGAUGGAAGCUAAUUUUAAAAAUCUCUCCAGAGGCCUCGUCAACAUUGCCACAAAGUUAACAAACACCAAAGAUGUCAGAGAUUUCUUCAUUGAUCUUGUAGAGAAGUUUAUUGAGCCGUGCCGUUCAGACCGAUGGACACCCGCAGACAUAAAACUCUACCUCACCCACUACACCAACUCGGCACACAUUCUGGACUCAUUCAAACACCAGGCUGUGUGGGACAGAUAUAUGGGCGUGAUCAAAAGCUGCAUCUACAAAAUGUAUCACGACUGAGGCGUUUCCCCUCCUCUCUGCUUUUUGUUUCCCGGUUCGUCUGCCUCCUCGCUGAAGCCCUUUUUCUCUCUCUCUUGGUUUUGGCAGAGAUCCAUUUCUUAUGUUCUGUGUUGCAUUAUUGUCACAUUCAUUGCUGUGUUUCUGUAAAUUUGGUUUAUAAAUAAAAUAAAGGUUUUACCACUGGA